GUAAUGACUUAAAUUAAAUACUUGUCAUUUAUAAUCCUUGGCAUUUUCAUAAUUUUGGAAGGAUGAAAUGAAUUUUAAUAUCAGAAUAUGCACUUUAACCUUUAUGAAAGGGAAGUAAUUCAACAAAACCUAUUUGACCUUCUGUGUGGCAGAAGGUGGGAGCUACCAUACUUAUUCAUGUAAUUGAAGGAGAUUUCCAGACUGCUAUGUUCCAUUGGAACAAGUUAACAUGUCACUGAAGAGCGUAAGGCCACUAAUCUGAUCACAUAUGGUGGAUGGAGCAGCCCUUAAUCAUAAUAUAAAUGCUUUUUGACCUCCUUCUUGUGUGCUACUUGAACAGGUUUUUUUCAGAGCUCAGCACUAUGAACUAGGUGUUCCCAUUUUACCCUGUCGUCUGCCUUUUUUCUUAAUAUACCAACUGCAUGUUUUCUUUUAUCACAUCCAUAAAUCUCCCCACCCCCUGCCAGACAAGCCCAUGUUUGGCAUCCUUCUACUAAUGUAUCUACUAUCCCUCCUUUAAAUGUGUUUGAAGCGUCUCAAUUUGGGCUGUAGGUCUGUUUCUAUUUCUGUCUGUGUUUGUCAUAGAAAAUUUUAAGCUCUGCCAUUUGCAACUAUACUGGUAUUUCCUUCAGUGUCAACAUCUUCUCAUCAAAGCUCAGCUUCUGCCAUUAUUGUGUUUGUUAUUUAGUUUUUUACUUUGUUUAAAAAUCAAAACUUUUAAUAUAACAUCACAGUUUUACCUUCUUCAUUCUACAUGCCCACGCAUGUAAUCUGUACAUUUGGAGGUAUAUGUACAUGUUAGUGUAUAUGCAAGCAAAUAGGCUGAACAUAUAAAAUUAGGUUUACUUUAUUUUCUUUUUUAUAAAUUGGUUUUGAAGCAUGGCUUCAGGGGAGAUUUUCUAACAAUUGAACACCACAUGUCUUUUAUUCUACUUAAUCUUAUUUUGGAAAAGCUACAUGUAUAGCUCUCAAAAGAACAGACCAAAAACACAUUUGUAAACCUGUUGAGAUUUUUUGUUUUGGCUAGAUGUUUGUAUGUAUUUAAAGAAACCAUUUAUUGGCAAGCAAAUGUUCUGCAGAGGCGUAGACGUGGAGUGGUCUCCCUUUGAUCAGAAGGUCACAGAUUCGGUUCCCACUUUGCCUGCCCAUGUGUCCAAGUGUCCUUGGGGAAGACACUGAAUCCCCCAAUGCUGCUGGUGGUAUGACUAGCGCCUUGCAUGGCAGCUCACACACCAUCAGUUUGUGGAUGUGGAUGAAUGAAACGUGUGACUGUAAAGUGGUUUGGGCUAAAAGUGUUUGAUGUACCAUUCCAAAUGAUCAUAUUUAUUUAGGUAAACUUGAAGGUUGCUUUAAUCAUAAGAUAGAAUGAACAUCAAUUUGGUUGCAAAAUCAUUAAAGAAACGUGGUUUAUGUUUUUUUGUUUGUUUGUUUGUUCUGUUUUUUGUAUGAGCCUCACGACAUUAUGGAUAUUUUACUCAGCUCUCUGUGAGGUCGGAUCACAGCAUCCCUUCCUGUAUUUUAUGCUUUACUUAAAAAUUUUAUUAAAAACGCAGGUAAUGAAAACGACCUGAAGCAGUUACAUUCUGUCUCCUGACUGGUCAGAGGUUUUUGUGCUACCAGAAGCGAAACCAAAACUAUGAACACCGAGAGUUAAGUUUCGUUUUAAAAAGAAAGAAAAAAUACAGACUCCGGCUGCAGUGCAUUGCAGUCCGCGAUGAACACUGACGCUGAUGGAGUCUGACCAUGGAUAAUGACUCUCACCUUGAGGAUAAAGAUGUGAACUCUGUCUUGGCCCAGGAAUCUUCAAAACUUUGUCACAUCUUGAGCAACCAAUCAGAAUCCGUCAUAAGGAUGCUUUAUCAAAGAAUGAUAGAUGAAGAUGAAUGUCGAGACAAACAAGCUACCUCUACUGCCAGUGCAUGGACUUCAGCAGACCAUGUUAAAGCGUUGUUGGAUUACUACAGGUCAGCCAAUGCUACAAAGUGUCGCAUCUUCCUGCAGAGUGUUUGCAUGCUGUGUGAAGGCAUACCCAUGCAUCUGGAGGCCAGGCUCAUGUCAGUGGCAUGCAGUGGUUGUGAUGGAGCACAAUCUUCAGAGGACCAGCCCAUCAAACGCCCACGGAUUGAUUACUGGGAGGAGUAUGUUGUAGAAGGGAAGAAUUUACUGAUAAGUCGGUGGAGAAGACUGACAGAUCGCCUGGUGAAGGCCGUGGAGCUGGACAAAGUGUGGGUCAACUUUAGAAAUGUAAACAGGGGCAGGGACCGACCUGAUCAGACUCCUGCUUCAUCAGACAGAGGGUUCAACACUGCAGAGCCUGAUGGAGAUUAUGGGUUUUCGGAUUCCAAGGUGACUUUGGAAAACUUCUUACGAGGAUGUAAAGGAAAAGUGACAUUUCUUGUUGGCCAGGCUGGCUCAGGAAAAACUCUUCUAAUGUCUUGUUUAGGACAACAGUGGGGAAAUGGUCUGGGUCCUUUCCCAGCAUCCUACUUGUUAGUUCUUUUGGAAUUUCGUCAGCUGAACCAGCUGUCCCGCUCCCUGUCACUGUCUGAGCUGCUGUUUCAACAUUACCUCCCUUCAAAUCGUGGCAACGAUGCAGAGAAAGCCAUUGUGGACUACCUUCUUUCCAAUCCGGAGCAGAGCUGUUGGGUGUUGGAUGGCUACGAUGAAUUUCAUUGGAAAAUCAAAAAACACAGAAUGCCAUGUGGUGUGUUAAACUUAGAGGAACCUCUGCCAGUUGCUGACCUGAUCUCAGGGUUGUUGAAUCGGCAGCUUCUUCCAGGAAGCACGGUGCUGGUGACUUGCCGUGCACGGGACAUUGUAGAUUUUGACAGCGUGUCAGACAAGGUUGGGGAGCUGCUUGAGUGGGAUCAAAAUGAGAUCAAGGAGUAUGUGCACCGUUUCUUUGGAGUUGAAGACAGAACCAUUGGAGUUGAGGCAACCAAACUUCUUCUUUCCAAUCGACAUCUUCUUGCAAUGUCAUCUGUGCCCGCCCUCUGUAACAUCUGCUGCAUCUGUCUUAAGCAUUUGCUGCUCAAGGACAGAGAUGCUAACUCUAGGUCAACAGAAGAUGAACAAAGGAGUAAAGCAACAAAAAACACAAUUCCAACAAAAGAGAUGGAUAUGCAGGUUUUUGAGAAAGAGAAAGAUAGAAGAGAAAAUGAAACUCAAAACACACAACACAGUGGAGAAAGAGAAGAAAGUCAAGACAUGGAGACGAAGACUGCAAAUGGCAGGGAAAACUUUUCUGCAACUUCAGCCCAAGUUCCCAACACUCUGACCCAGGUCUACCUUACUGCUGUUGCAGCUUUUCUCAGCCGCCACCCUGAUCAGGGAGGCGGAGAUAACAGGCCAAAGGCUGCUAGGUCUUCUUUGAGCAAUACUGUCAACACACUAUCCACCGUUGUUCAGUAUCCAUCUGAACUUUGUGAGCUGAGUCAAGUGGCUUGGAAAGGCUUAGAGGAAAGCAAGAUCCUCUUUAUGAAAGAAGAUGUUCCAGAGAAUAUUUUAAAGUUAUCAGUCAAGACUAGACUUUUUUCACAGGUUGAGCUCAGAUGUCACGAUGGAGAUCUAGUUAACGCUUACAGUUUCAUUCAUUUGACUGUGCAGGAGUUCUUGGCUGCUCUUAGAAUCAUGACAAGUCAUGAAGUUAGUGAUGCACAGCUGAAAAAGAGAUUCAGUCUGAAAACUCGCUGGACAACAAAGUCUAACCAGAAGACACCAUUUACUGAUUCCCUGUACCUGUAUGUAUGUGGUCUUGCUUCCCCAAACUGCACUGAAGUCCUGGUUCGAGUAGCCAGAGCUUCAGGAAUGAAAGGAGUUCAAAGCUGGGUCCAGAAACGACAAGCCCUUGUUCUGAAUUUACUGAAACCCCUUUGCCACAGCAACACACUAACUGGACCAAAGUUGUUGCAGCUUUGCCGCUGCAUCCAGGAGAGCCAGAACCACGAACUGGCUCAGGAGGCUGUGAGUUCAAGGCCCACUUUAGAACUGCGCAAUUUCCGGCUGUUACCUAAUGAUAUAGAUGCCUUGGCUUUCGUAGUUAACUCAGCUGCUGAUGAUGCUGUUGGUUUGGAUUUUGGAGCAUGCUCAAUGGAGCCAGAGUGUUUAGAUGCUCUGUCAAGGUGCCAGUGCAUUCAUUACCUCAGUUUUCACAGUCGGAAGUACAAUGACCAGUUUGCCGAGAACCUUUCCUGUAUCUUGCCUGGAUUUCCAAACCUGAAAAAACUUGAGUUUUCUGGUGCCAGUCUCACUGCUGCUGGAGCGAAAAGUUUGGCCUCUGCUCUACAGAAGUGUUGCAACAUCACGGAGAUAAAUCUUAGUGACAACAAUCUGCAGGAUGAUGGAAUUGGGCAUGUGGUUGAGCUUUUUACCAAACUGCCAAAUCUCAUAUCUGUACUGCUGGGCCGAAACAACACCUCUCUGCAAGCACUAAACAUUAUCGUUGAGAAAAUGGGUUCCUGUGUGAACAUACAGCAGGUUUAUGCAGAUGGUAUGAAGGAAGUUACGGUUACUUUUUCAAAAAGAUCUGAUGGCAAUGGUCACAAAACAAAGCCUGAGCCAACCAUCAGCUUGUUAAACCAGAAUUGGAACAAGCUGGGGAUGCAAAACCUGGUGAAGUCUCUGGUUAACUGUCCUGCAUUGUCUGUCCUGGAUCUUUCUGGAGGCUGCUGGGAUGAGGAAACUCUAAAAACAUUUACACACUUUGUUCCAAAUAUAAAGAUCUCUAACAAGAUUGUCUUGAAUGAUAGCUGCUCAUCAGUGGAGUCUUUGGUGAUGCUGGUUGCUCUGCUGUCUGACUGCCCUCUUGUUAUGGAGCUGAGUAUAAGAUUGCAGAAUCCUGUCCAGGUGUCUGUGGUGUUUCCUGUUGGUACAGCAAACUACUCAAGCGAAAUGAUUAAAACACUAUGCCUUCGCUGCUGCAAACUGAUUCCUGCUCACCUAGACAGAGUUUGGCAAAGCCUGAGAACCACUUCAGGUCUCACUCACCUCAACUUGUCGAGUAAUUGUUUGGGCGACAAAGGUCUAAAGAAGUUGUUGGAUUUUCUACCUCAUUUAGACAAAAUACGAGAAAUAAAUGCCAGUAACAAUGACCUCAGCAUGGAAGGAGGAGCAGUGAUGUUGGCUGAAGCUCUGUGCUCCCAUAACAACCUGACACAAAUUCAGAUCAGUCAUGAAGGAAAAGAUCAGGUGAUUUUACAGUUCAACCCUGAAAAAAGUGAAAUCAAACAGCAAACGAAGAUAUUCAGAAUAUUGAACAGCAACAUUUCCCCAUCAAUCAUAUCUAAAGUUUGCAGAAUGCUGAUCAACUGUCUCUUCCAUUUGGAGUUAGAGUUCUCCUUCUGCUCAUUUGAGGACAAAGCUCUUGAAAAUAUGGUCAGAAUGUUGCCAAAGAUGUCGUCUCUACGAAGACUCGGUGUUGACAGCAGCAUCACUUCUACAAACGAUGCUCUCAUUCUGGCCAGCUGUUUGAAAGACAAUAAUCGAGUUACUUCAGUGGAUCUCAGUCCACAGAGUGAAUCCUUCAUCCAGUUUGGCUGCAUGAAAACAGAACACGUCAGCUUCAGGUUAACUCACUUCUUCUUCAGUCAGGAGAACGUUCAGAUGCUGCUUCAGAUCCUUAAGCAGGAAGUGCGGCUGUCUUAUCUUGACUUGUCAGGUAACCAGUUAGGAGAUGCUGGAGUGAAAUGCUUAGUGGAUUUUCUACCAAACCUUCAAAUAAGCUGCUUUGUCAAUGUCAGCAACAAUAGACUGAGCCAGCAGGGGGUUCUUGAUGUGGUUUCUACUCUGCACAGCUCCUCCAAUGUCUGUGCUGUGGAAGUCAGUUUGAGCGAAGACGAGAGGUGUCUCAUUUGGUUUGAAGGAGGUCAUGAAAAAUCUUUAAGUGUCAGAGACUGCAUUCUGCAGCAGGAUCAUCUUAUCAGAUUGGCAGAAAUUGUGUCCAACUGUCCAAGUUUGAGCAAAAUAGACUUCAAGAACAGCCUUCUGCAGUCAGAAUGGAUUGAAGGUUUUGUUAACAUGUUAAAACCCAGUCAAACAGGAUGCAGUGUCAGUUUUGAAGAAAGUUGGAUCAAAGCUGAACAAGCUGUUGAUUUACUGCGUCGCUGCAUGGAGCUCAAGACCAACAUUCAAGCUAUCAGAAUUCACCAUGGAACUCUUCAUCUGACCUUAAAGGAGACUUUUGAUCCGACCUCUGCAAGAACACCAACUGUGGACCAGAAUGCAUCCAUGAACAGAACCACCCAAUGCUCACUGACUGAGAUGGACUUCUUCCUCGACAGACUGGACGUUGAAGAACAUCAGUAUCUGUUUUCCCUCCUGCCUUUGCUGCCAAAUCUCACCUGUCUCAGUGUUGCAGUGAAAGAAGGGUCCAUGUCCAUCGUUGAGGAGCUCUCACAGGUCAUCUCACAGUCUGCUUCCAUUCAGAGCUUAAAUCUGUCAGGUCAUGUGAUUAAUGACCCAGCCGCCCACAGCAUGACAGCGUUCUUACCUCGCCUUCGAUCAAUCAAUCUGUCCCACUGUGUGUGGUCUCCAGCUGGAGAGCUGCAGGUCAUCAAAGCCCUGCAGCAGAGCAUCCCUUUGGAAAACCUCUGUCUGGACUGUGUGCAGUUGAGUGAAGUGGGUUGGACAGCUUUAGCUCAGGUCCUAAACAACAGCAGCUCCAUACGGAGCCUCAGGCUAAAUGAGAUUGUAAAAGCAGGUGGACAAAUAGAGGCCGACAGGAUGCUGGAUCUCCUGACUGUCAUGGAAGGAAACGCACAAAUAGAGGAGAUCGGGUUGGACGCCUGGAGGAUGUCUGAAGGGGGGAUUCAGCAGCUGACUAAGUUCCUUCCUGACUGGAAAGAGCUCAAAAUAAUCAGUCUCUCCAAGAACCUCAUCGGUGACCCGUCAGGGGAGAAGCUGCUGGAUGCCUUGAGGAGCUGCAUCCUCCUGAAGGAACUCCAUUUGUCCGGUAACGGCCUCGGUGACCUCACUGCUGCCAAGAUGUCCCUGGUUCUGCCGUCACUCACACACCUCACUGUGUUAGAUAUUUCUGAAAACCAUCUUGGGCGUGACGGUGCCGCUGCUCUGUCUACAGCAGUACGGAGCUUGAAGAAGCUCACCAGGAUUAAUCUAACUUCAGUGGGGACUUCAGAGCUGAGUCUUGUUGCUGCCAGUCUGGCUGGCUGCCCCCUCAUUCAGGACGUGGGACUGGGAUGGAACAGCUGUGGAGACGAUGUGGCUCUGGAGCUCUCUGGACUGCUGCCUUUCUGUCACAAGUUAGCUCGGAUAGAUUUGGAGUGCAACCUCAUAGGGGUUUCUGGAGUGGAGGCUUUAGUUAAAGCAUCCUGGACCUGUCCUUCUCUGCAAGUCAUCAGGCUUUGGAAGAACAAAGUCCCACUGAAUGAGCAGCAGAGAUGGAUGUUGAAGGACAGGAGGCUGACAUUCUCCUCCACAUGACAUGUUCGGUUCUGCUGUACAACAGGAACAUGCUUUUGUUUCUAAAGACACCAAAACAUGCACUGUACUGUACUGUAAUUGCACUGAUAUGAGUUUACAAAUGUAGAGACACAAAAGUGAAAAUUGCAACUCAGACCUCAAGCUGAUCAUACCGUCAUUUUAGGUUGUGCUCUCUACCUAUGCUUCGUAUUUAUUUCUGCUGUUUGAAAUAGGAAAAAGAAUGUCUUGAAGUUUUUAAAAAUUAUAAUUUUUUUGUUUGGCGCAUAUUUUCUGUGCAGCAUGUGUAAUUUCUGAUAGUGACACUGUUUUUUGUAGAAAUUAAAUGCAAUGACUACUUUUCAUCUUUCUGUUCUAAAGCUUAUGCACCUUAUUUUGUAGUUUUUGUACUUGUUUGUUCUUUUUUUUUUAAAACAGUAAGUUUUUAUUGUUAAGGUUUGUUGUGAUUUGAUGUAAACUAUUUUAUAGAAUUAUAACCAAGAAAAGUUAAAGUAAUUUGUCUUAUUUAAACUUCCAUACAAACAAUUUUACUACUGAGGCUUACUUAAUGCAUUUUUCACCCAUAAAUCCACAUGGUACAAUCCUAAAAAAAAAAAAAAAAC